UCCAUUUUUUCUCUCAGUGCAGCAUUUGUAUUGAAGCGGCGGCGGUGGUUUUGCUGCUCCGGAGGGUGAAUGGGAACUGCGGGGAGCUGACAGCGGCGGGACUGUCCGUCUGAAUGGGGAUGUGACGGGGUAGCGGCCCUUUGCCGGCGACUGCUGAAUCCUCGCCCGCCCUCUCCACAUCCAUCCCUCACUGUACGGGGGUGAACAUAAAUCCUGCUUGAAUCCGGCAUGGAUUUGGCCCGCAGAUUGGAGUGACUGAAUCAUCACCCAGUCAAUUAGUGGUUGUCAAUGUUGACCUAUGUCUGAAAAAUAUCCAGUGCAAGCAUGAGGCUGUGCUGAGUGAAAUUCAAAUGAAUAGCAAUGGAAUUAUGGAUUCUACAACUCAAGUUUUCUUCUGAUACAAAGAGACGCUGAUGUUCUUGCAAUGGAACAGUAGGUCUCUCUCCACCAUCUGAUGGUCAGCAACUCCACUGCAUGUCCCUGAAACAAAUCAAAGGACUUCCCCAAGGACCCUUGUUCACUGCAAACACCACCAAGCAACAACGGGGAGAGCGGACCUGAGAAGGGGACAUAAUGCCACCAGGAAUACAUUACCAUCAGGACUUCUGGAGUGAGGAUGAAAGUACGGAAGUAGAGGUUGAAUUUCUGCUGCCGACGGGGAUUUACUUAAACUUCUAUGUGUCUCGCAUUUCUACAAUCAAGUGCAUCAAAAAGUUGCUUUGGCAGGAGGCCCAACAUCAGCCCCUUUUCCACACUUUAAAUGAGCCGGAUGCCUACGUCUUUACUUGCAUCAACCACACAGCAGAGCAGGAGGAACUAGAGGAUGAGCGCCGACGGCUCUGUGACGUGCGGCCAUUUCUCCCCAUCUUGAAACUCGUAGCCCGCGAAGGAGACCGUGCAGAAAAGCUCAUCAACUCUCAGAUAAGCCUUCUGAUUGGAAAAGGCCUGCACGAGUUUGACAGCGUGCCCGAUUCCGAGGUGAAUGAGUUUCGCGGGAGCAUGCGCCAGUUUUGUGAGGAGAUCGCUGGAGAGCGGCAGCGCCGAUCCUGGCAAGAAUGGAUGGAAUACAACUUCCCCAGGGAUUUGGAGCCAGUCUCUGAAAUAAUGAAUAAUUGCAUCACACAAAAGCUGAAUGCUCGGAACAUUGUCAUAAACGUCAAGUUUCAGUACACUGAAGAGAGCUUCAGUUUCCAGAUAUCCUCCCAAGCACCUCCCGCACAUCUGAUGAAAAUGGCAGUGAAGAAAAAAGCUACUGUUUUCCGGCAUAAAGCAGUCGAAGACUCAGAGGAUUACACCCUGCAAGUCAACGGGACAGAGGAAUAUAUCUAUGGCAAAUACCCACUUGGGCGAUUUAAGUACAUCUGUAGAUGUGUGUCCAAUAACCUAACGCCACACCUGACGAUGGUCCAUAAUUCCACAAUAAAGGCCCACCAAGACGAGCAGUCCAACAGCAUGGGACAAAUCGCAAAGAGUCGGACACAUUCCAAGCCACCACCACUUCCCAUUAAAAAGCAGUCGAGCAUCAGUCUCUGGGACCUGGAUAAACCUUUUACGAUCAGUUUACUUUCAGGGAGCAAGGUUAAUGCAGAUGAAGGAAUGAAGCUCGUUGUCCAAGCUGGCUUGUUUCACGGGAGUGAGAUGCUCUGCAAAAUGGUUUCCAGCCAGGAGGUCAACGUGAGCUCUGAGCCUACGUGGAAUCAGAACCUGGAGUUUGACAUCAACUUCUGUGACCUUCCACGGAUGACACGCCUCUGUUUUGCAUUGUACGCUGUGAUUGAGAAGGCCAAAAAGGCUCGGUCGACAAAGAAGAAAUCAAAGAAAGCCGACUGUCCAAUAGCAUGGGUGAACACCAUGGUUUUUGAUUACAAGGACCAGCUGAAGACCGGCGAUGUUUGGCUGUACACAUGGCCGUCGGUGCCUGAUGAGAAGGGAGAGCUAUUGAACCCAAUGGGGACUGUGCAGAGCAACCCAAACACUGACAGCACUGCUGCCUUAAGUAUCCGUUUCCAAACCGUUGUACCCCACCCCAUCUACUACCCGUCCAUUGAUAAGAUUCUUGAACUGGGGAGGAAUGGAGAGCGUGUUAAAGCAUCGCAGCAAGAGCAAUACCUGUUGAAGGAGAUUAUGGAACGCAAGGCAUGCACUGAAUUUUUCGAGGAUGAGAAGGAUCUCGUGUGGAAGCUGAGAUACGAAGUUCGUGAACAUUUCCCCGAGGCCCUUCCUAAGCUGCUGUCGGUAACAAAGUGGAAUAAACAUGAAGAUGUUGCUCAGGUAAUAUACCUCCUACAGUCGUGGAAGGAGCUGCCGACACUAAACGCACUGGAGCUUCUGGACUACAGCUUCCCCAGCCGUUACGUUCGCUCAUUGGCAAUAGACUGUUUAAGGAAGUUGAGUGAUGAAGAGCUCUUCCAGUACCUCCUGCAGUUGGUUCAAGUGUUGAAGUAUGAGCCCUACUUGGAUGCUGAACUAACCAAGUUCUUGUUGGAGAGAGCUUUGACCAACAAGAAAAUUGGGCACUUCCUAUUCUGGCACCUCAGGUCAGAAGUGCAUUUACCCGCGGUGUCACUACGAUUUGGAUUAAUCCUGGAGGCGUACUGCCGAGGAACAAAUCACCACAUGAAGUCCUUGUUGAAACAGUGUGAAGCGUUGAAGAAAAUGAAAGCCCUAAAUGAUUUUGUGAAGUCCAGCUCCCAGAAGACAACCAAAGCAAAAACGAAAGAAGCUUUGCAUAUGUAUAUGAGACAGGAGACUUGCAUGGAAGCACUUUCUAACUUCUAUUCUCCUUUAAGUCCCAGUAACUUACUCUUGGAACUCUGGGUGGAUAAAUGCAAGUUCAUGGAUUCCAAGAUGAAGCCACUGUGGAUUGUUCACAAGAAUCAAAGAUCCGAUGGGAAUCCUAUGGGUAUCAUUUUCAAGAAUGGAGAUGACCUUCGCCAGGACAUGUUGACAAUACAGAUGAUUCAGCUAAUGGACGUUCUGUGGAAAAAACAGGGUCUGGACUACAGGAUGAUUCCCUACGCCUGUCUCUCCACUGGAGAUAAAACAGGAGUGAUCGAGGUGGUUCCACACUCGGAGACCAUCGCAAAUAUCCAGCUCAAUAAAAGCAAUAUGGCAGCCACUGCAGCUUUUAACAAAGAUGCUCUGCUAAACUGGUUAAAAUCGAAGAACCCAGGGGAAGCGCUGGAACGAGCCAUCGAGGAGUUCACCCUCUCGUGCGCCGGCUACUGUGUAGCUACAUACGUGCUUGGGAUCGGGGACCGGCACAGUGACAACAUUAUGAUCAGGGAGAACGGACAGCUCUUCCACAUCGAUUUCGGACACUUCCUGGGAAACUUUAAGAGCAAGUUUGGCAUCAACAGGGAGCGGGUCCCUUUCAUUUUAACCCACGACUUUGUCCAUGUGAUACAGCAAGGAAAAACCAACAACAGUGAGAAGUUUGAAAGGUUCCGGGAACAUUGCGAACAAGCCUACAUGAUUCUCCGAAGGCACUGCCCUCUCUUCAUUAAUCUCUUUGCACUGAUGCAAGCUGCCGGCCUUCCUGAGCUGAGCUGCGCCAAAGAUAUCCAGUAUCUCAAGGAUUCACUUGCCUUGGGGAAAACAGAGGAAGAGGCUCUGAGGCAUUUCAAAAUGAAGUUCGACGAGGCGCUGCGAGAGAGCUGGAAGACCAAAGUGAACUGGAUGGCUCACAAUGUAGCCAAAGACAAUCGGUCGUAGCUGAGUCCCUCGCUCUGCCUCUGCUAAUGAAGGCUCCGAGAGGCAAAGUGACGAAAGCAUCCUGUCAGAAUACAACUAAGUCAACGAGUGAUUGACAAACCAACCUGUGUACGAAGAAUAUAAACCUUUUUCAACUUUUUUGUGAACUUUGAAAGAUGUUUACAAGUGCCCGCACUGACUGCAGUGUUUCGCUCUUGGGUCCUGGGUACGGACUUGGCACUGAAUAUCUGCUGUAUUACCCACCUUCAGAGGGGCCUUUAUCAGCCUGUUGCACUCUGAUACGACCAGUUACUGUAUCAGACUUUUCUCUCCUAAGCGGACUCGGACAACAGGUCCACAGCCACCAGACUGAACCGGGAAAGGUCACGUGGAUGAUUCUUGGCCCCGAAAAUAACUCUCUUCUCCAGCUCUCUGCUUCUGGCAGAAGGGCGGUCAAAGAAAUCUGGGCUCCAGAAGGGCAAAACAUCUACGUCUUCCAACGCUCUGCCAAUGGCUUGUCCCUGGCUUGGUGCUGUCUGUCCAACGUGAGGUGGUCUGCUUCUGUGAAGCUCCCCGACCAGGACAGAACUCGCAUUACCACUCAGAUUCACUCGUCUUAAGAGCUUUGGCCAAUCCCAGCACAGGCAGGCCGUUGGGUUGCUCAGCCUUUGUACAGCGGAUUCUGGCAUCCUUACAUGUUGCAGCUUGUGUUCGACAAGCAGAAACCAUUACGAAUAUGAGGUCACCUUUCCCAAGAUAAACCCCUGUAGGCUACUUCUGCUUCCUGAGUCAGUUUAAUUAUGAAAGAAACAAAUCUUGUUUCAAUUUGUAUGUGAUUGAAAAUGAAUCUGUAGGGUACUAACUUAAUGUGUUUUGUUUCUGAUGGGUACGAAGCUAUCAAUACCUUUUGUAGUGAAGGUUGCCCAAGCCUCCAUCCCUUCCAUUGUAGAGUGCAAGGUUGGAAAGAACCUUUGUGAGGUGACAGGUCUUAUUUUGCUUCUUUCAAAGCCACUCGUGGAAGUAGUGCCUUGUCAGUGACGUCAGAGUAAGGGUGGGGUAAGGAUGCGAUAAACAGGCUCUGUUUCAGGUGAUGGUUUUGAGGGAAGGGAAGGAAUGCUGGUUGGGAUGGGGGAGCAAGGGGUGGUGGCUACAUUCACCCAAUUCAAAAGGUUUGAUGAGCUCCAGUAAAUGUGUUGCAAGGCAGUGGAACAUUGUCGCGUGUCCAACAAGUGCUGGCGAGAGACCGAGGGAAGAUGGCUUGUCCCAGUAUCGAAGCCAAAACAACCUUGGGAAUACCUGUCCAAAAGCCUUCACAAAGCAACCUAUGGAUGUGGAUCAAUACAGCCAAGGCUCCAUCUUUGACCAAAGUAGCCUUGAGUUGACCACACUUAUAAAUUUAGAUGCAAAGCUAGUGAAACUGCACCUUGAUGAAGUAAAAUGUGCCUUUGUUUUGCUUCUUAUGCAAACUUAUGUCUGUAAAUUGAGCUGUUUAAUAUUUGCAUAUUUAAAAACAACGUUGAAUGUUUUUCUUUUUAUCAGAGGUACAUGUUGUGUAGAAUCUCAGAAGAAUAUGUUUACAGAAUUAAUAUCCCAAGACAAGUGAAAUGCUUUGUGAAAAUGAACUUUUGUGAGCAGCAGUGACAAGAGAUGGACUUUUAUUCUGAUUUUACAAAACUUUAAAUCUGGGCACAUUUAUAAUGUUGCAUGUUGAGGUAAUAUGCCCUAGAUAUGUGGCCACGACAUUAGGUUAUAGUGUGAGUGUUCUGUGAAGUGUUUAGGUAACCUUAUACUCUGAGGGGUGGGUCAGGAGGGGCUUACCCACCUGAAUGGAAUGAGGAGUUGCCAUGGCGAAUGCCCCAUAUGUCAACCUGAGGCAAACUGCAGCCAAGCUUCAACACCAGGCCAGCUUGGAGGUUGUCCCAGAGGUUGGGUGGGGUGGGGGUGGGGGGGGGGGGGGGGGGGUGGGGGGUGGAAUCGGGCUGUGCCGGAGCUGAAGGGAGCAGGAGAAGGGCUGGCUGGCGUUGGACGCCAGUCAGGAAUCCCACCCUUAAUCUCAUUCUGGGGUCUGGCAGCAGGGGGUACAUGGAUGAAUGCACCCCCUGUAUCUCCAGCUAUUUAUUUUCCAAAUACAAGUUGCUUUUCCUUUAAAAAAACAAAAGUGACAAAGAACAAUAGCUAGCUCUAAAGUUGUUCCAUUCUUUUCACGACCCUCUGUGUGUUCGGGGGGGUGUGGAAGUGUGUUUAGGGAACGUGUGUCUUUGUUGGAGGGGUUAGUGUGUGUGCUGCUGAGGCUGUGUGGAUCGGGGUGUUAGGGUGUAUCUGUGCACAGGGGUGUGGUAAAAGGUGCAUGUGUGUGUGCGUGUGUGUGUGUGUGUGUGUGUGGUGGGCUGUAGUUCGGGUUUAUGAGUGUCUAUGUGGUAGGUGUAUGUGGGUGAGUGGUGAGGAUGUGUGCAUUUAUGGAUGGAAGGGUGUUGGGGACAUGUGUGUGUAUGUUACCCACCAUUUCUCACUCCACAAUGGAAGAGCAGAUUCAGUCCCCUCCCAAUUCCAGCCCCCCUCAGUCACAAGCCGCCCAUGCCAACCGUACUGGAGGACAAGGUCCUAGGAGAGAGGUGAAGGCAGGAUGCCAGGCCUCUCCGACUCACUUCACACCCUCGCACACCACUACACACACACACACACACAAACAGACUCGAUCCACCUUGUCAAGUGAUCGUCGCAGAGUGAGAGGAACAGUGCACCUUCCCCCUCCGCCCCCUUUCCAGAUCAAUCUCAGAGCCGUAGCAAGAGGGUUGUGGACAAAAGCUGAGCCUGUGGUACUGCAGUGAGUGUCUGAAUGUGUCCUCCAGCCCCAUGCUUCAGCCUACAAAAUGUAUCAGAACCAAUUGUUUCAAUGCACAAAACCCCCCUCGCUCCCAAACUCCACUGCAAAUAAUAAGGACGGACAGCAAAACAAAAGAUGCCUCUGUUUUGAUACAGGCCUUGACCACAGUCAACAGCAAACCCUGCACACUUCCUUAUAGAGAGCUUGGCCUUUCGCUAACCACCUCACAAGGCUUUCAGAGCAUUCCAGACCUUAGAAGCAGAUGGUCACCUUUGCAAUUUAUUUAAGUUAUCAACUUUAUCAGUGAAUGUCAAAGUAAUUCCUUCCAAGGUUGGGUACAUUGCAGAUGUGGGUUUCUCUUGACAGGGGCUGGGGAUUUUGGACAGGCCCCCACCUUUCAUUCACUGUAGAUACUGGAAAUCUACUAACAGAAGAUGCUGGAAAUACACAGCAGGUCAGGCAGCGUCUGUGGAGAGAGAGGCAGAGUUGAUGUUUUAGAUUGAUCCCUCAUCUGUUCUGUGUCCCUCUCCAGUGACGCUGCCGGACCUGUUGGAUACAUCCAGUAUUCUCAGUUUAACCGAAGCUUAAUUUAUUAUCCUUGCCUGCUGAAACGUUGCUACCUCCAUCACCAGACCGAGCCCCCGCUACAGCACCGAGUUCCACCUCUGGAUGUGACGCUCCCUCUGUUUGGAUAGGAACUCACUGGCCUGAUCUUAUCCCAGGCAAGCUCAGCUGGGGCCAGAGCCUUUCCUCAUCACUGCACAGUCAGGCACAGUGACACUGGAGGCAGGUCUGUUCAGUCCUGACCUCCGGUGCUGUGUGUGUGGAGUUUGCAUAUUCUCUGUGGGACCGUGUGGGUAUCCCCCGGGGUACUCGGGUUUCCCCCAUCCCUACUGGUGGGUUGCUUGGCUGCUGUAAGUUGCCCCUUAGUGUGGAUGGGAGGCAGGAGAAUCAGGGGUUGGGGGAAGUUGAUGGGUGUGUGUGGGAAAAAGAAUAAGUUGCAGAGAAAUAAGUGGGAGAACAGGAUUGAUCUGAGUGAUGAUGUGGACUCAAUGGCUUCUUGUGAGGCAAGGGAGUCCAAAAUAAUGGGAAAUUUGUGAUCAGGUGAGAGUUGUCCAUGAGGCCUGUGCACUGGAGGGGAGAUGAGGAACAGGGGAGGUAAAUGUUCCCAAUGGAACUCGGCAGAAAAUUCCAUGGACUUCUAUCCCAGACCAGGAAAGUCUUUUUUUUAAAAAAAGCAAAGUCUAACCAAAGCAUUCCUGUCUUGCCUCCUACAUCCAAUUCUUCUCCCUGUUAUUUCAACUAGAAAGAGGGUUUCCCGAUCACACCAUUGGGUUAGCAUAGCAGUCACUUGUUUAAAGAAGGUCUCCCCCUACCCCCAACGUAGCCCCACCAGGUUAAAAUUGACAGCAGUGGGAUAUUGGGACCUACACUGAUUAGACUCUGCUGGUGAUGUUAACUCCAACCAGUUUGGUUCUCACAUGGUGAACAAGGUUAAAAUCAGACCUGGCAUUGAUUAUAACUUCCCUAAUGCCUCUCUCUCAUUCGGUCGAGGAGAGGAGAGAUGUCUAACCUGGAACAAAGUGAACCUAUCCAUAUAAUCAAUGUAUAAGGUAAAAUGUUGUUAGGCGCUCAUUUCCCCUAAUUUAAAUCCCGCUGAGUAAUCACUAACUAUAAACUAGAAAAUUUGCCUGUCUGUACUGCUGGUGAGUUAAAUUGCCUUCAAAUAAGGUUAUUUGCACAGAAUUUGCAGAAUGUUCUUUUCAAAGGUUAAAAAACAGGAUACUUGAUAAAUUCAAACCUUGCUUCAAAUAACUUAAUGCUUCAAUAAUUAAAAGACCCAUACCAUAUUACUAGAAGAACCAUUAUAUUUAAGAUAGUACAAUGUAUAAUGUGCAUAAAGAGUUGAUGUGCAGCAGACAAGCUGUAGGCGAUACCUGUUUCGGUCAAUGUAGACCACCUACGUAGGUAACUGAUCUACGGACUGAAAUCACUGUAAUCCUGUUUGGAAACUGUGCCUGAGGUCCCAGUAGAUAUAAUGAAAUACAGUCUGUAAAGUCAAGAAAUGGACAUUUGCAAUAAGCCAGUGUGUUUGCAUUGUUGGAAAUAAAAAUGUUGGAAUAA